AGGAGCUGGUCCUGGACAACUGCCGCUCGGACGAUGGGGAGAUCAUUGGGCUCUCCUCAGAUUUUGAGAACCUGGAGUUCCUCAGCAUGAUCAACAUCAACCUGACGUCUGUCUCCAACCUCCCCAAGCUCAACAAGCUCCGGAAGCUGGAGCUGAGUGAUAACAGGAUUUCUGGUGGCCUUGAAGUUCUAGCAGAGAGAACUCCUAACCUGACACACUUGAAUCUAAGUGGCAACAAGAUUAAAGACAUCAAUACCCUGGAGCCCUUGAAAAAGUUGCCAAACCUGCAUAGCCUGGACCUCUUCAACUGUGAGGUGACCAUGCUCAUCAAGUACCGGGAGAGCGUGUUCACCCUCCUGCCCCAGCUCACCUACCUGGAUGGGUUUGAUGCUGAUGAUGAGGAAGCCCCUGACUCAGACCCUGAAGCAGAUGGAGAAGGUUUGGAAGAUGAAUAUGAGAAUGGGGAAGAAGGUGAGGAAGAAGAUGAUGAAGAGGAGGAAGAUGAUUUGGAUGAAGAAGUCAUUGAUGAUGAAGAAGAUGAAGAUGAUGAUCUGGAAGGUGAAGAGGAGGAGGAUGGAGUAGAUGAUGAGGAGGAAGAUGAGGAGGAAGAUGGUGAGGACGAUGAAGAAGAUGAAGCUGAGGAUGACCUUCCACGGGGGGAAAAGAGAAAACGAAAUCUAGAGGAUGAAGGAGAGGAAGACCCAGAAGAGGAAGAGGACGACGAGGACGACUGAUCCAAGGGAGCCAAUCAGUUUUACAGACUAUGACUGUGCUUGUCUUAACCUCCCCGUUGUGUCUGUGUGAGACUGUCAAUCCCUGUCUCCCACUCUUCCCCCCUUUGUAUGGCUGCAGCCUCCACAAUAUAUUUUUUUAAGAUGUAGAAAACCUGUAGGCAUUCAGGGGAAUCUUCCAUACAAGGCUCACUUUUCUCCCAAGUCUUCUCAUGACCAAAGGCUUUCCCCAUUCUCUGGUUCGUGCAGCAGUUUGCAAAA